AUGGGACUCCUCCGCCUCCUCAUCGCCACCGCAGCGGUGACGGCAUUCCUCGUAAGCAGCGCCGAGGGCGGCGGUGAAUUCAGCUGGAUUCCGGUGAGUAAUCAGUCUAGCUGCAAGGGAUCGUGCAUGGAGAUGGAGUGGGAGUCGGAGCGGCGCAUAUUAGCCACGACGAAUUACAUAAGCUACGGUGCGCUGCAGGCGAACAACGUGCCGUGCUCGCGGCGUGGUGCGUCGUACUACAACUGCAGGCCUGGAGCUGAGGCCAACCCCUACACCCGAUCGUGCUCCGCUGCAACACAGUGCCGCAGUUAG